CUUGUACCUGAUACUACGCGACCGCACGAAGACCAAAAAGGGAAAAUUAAAAGAAAGAAUGAACGGACAAGGACAUCCGGUGGGACUGGGCGCUCUGCUCGCAUGAUAGGCUCCGUCGUGAAAAAGAACCAGAAGUGUGUCUCUUACGUAGUACUUUCUGGGGGGGAAACCGCGAUGCCGUUGGGAUUCCGGUUUUUCCUGGGGGGGCGAAGAGAUUCGGCUUCGGCUCCUCUUGUGUCUCUGAUGUUGUGUGUGCUUGUUGCUACUAUGCUAUAUGGCGUGUUCUUUCGAGCUUAGGUGCCCCAGCUCUCAUGCAAUGUCUGUCAUGCGACCAUGAG